AGCGAAGAGCGAGUCCAUUAUCCUAUACAUAGUCAUCGAACCAAAAUAUCAGCAUGAGGGAGUUUCGUGUGCGCAUGCGUCAGUUGCUGGUUCAUUGAAGUCAGGUUCGAGGUGGUUUCGGUUUUUCCUUUUAAAUUUUGCCCCAAUAUUUUGUACAAAUACACGCCUUUGCUACAAAAUGGAUUCUUCGUCGCUUAUUACCUCUUCUGGACAUGACUCGAGAAUAUAUGGUUGAUAUUGGGUGCUUGAAGAGCUAUUUGUUCCGACGUUCUGAGAAUGUGAAUGAGCAAUAUGGCGGUUUGUAUCCACUAUAACGGCCUUGAUAUUUCAAAGAAGGAAUCAAACAUGUGGAAAUAUUGUAUCGCUGUAAUGGUCCUAUCUUGCUUUGGACAACUGUCAAGUGCUGAUGAAGCCCAUACAGAAGAAAGUCAUCACAUUGGGGAAGAUGAUAACACCAGCCUUGCCAGAAAUAAGGCAAAAUACCUCAGCCACAUUCCUAGACACGAUAAACCAGUUAUGAUAUGGUGGACAAGUCACAUAUUUCCACAUUCACAAGAUCACCAAAACCAUGAAAUACAAUGUAACAAAGGCAGUUGUAUCACAUCCAUUGACAAAAGUCUCAAAGAUGACGCAGCAACAAAAAUGUUUAUAUUUUAUGGUACUAGCUUGAGAGCAAAUGAGCUUCCCUUACCAAGACGCUCUUGGCAUGAGUGGGCCUUGUUUCAUGAAGAAUCCCCAAAAAAUAAUUGGAUGCUGACCUUUGAGGAUGCUCUCAGGUAAAACUGCGGAAAUCAAGUAAUGCUCUUUUAAGCCUGAUUAUGAAAACGUUGGCAUGCAGAACAUUUAUAUUUGAGUGCAAAAAAGAACAAACAAAAAAAACACCGACUUAAAAAAGACAAACGAAGAUCACUACCGACUUUUCAUUGUUUUUGAUAUUUUUGAURAUUUUAUUGUAUAUAUAAUAACAAAGAGGCAAGAUUUGCUGUAGCUCCGAGUUUCGAUGUCGUGCACGAUCGAAUAGACCUAAUUCUUUAUACAUUUGUUGGAACCGGGACUCUUGUAUUGUCUAGCAAUUCAUUUCAAAGAGUUCUAAUGUCGCUAUGGAUAAAAUGUGUUUAUAAGCCAUUUUAUUGGCCCGACAUUAAAGAAUAUAACUUUGACAAA